AUGGUGCGAUGGCUGUGCGGAGAGCUUCGCCGGGACCUGGAGAGGCGGCGUACGGGAACGAGAACCGCCUUGACCGUUGAGCAGCAAGUGCUUUGCGCCCUUCGCUUCUUCACCACCGGCAGUUACCAGGGCGCGAUCGCAAGCGACGAGGACGUGGCGACGAGCCAGUCCAGUGUGAGUCGCACGAUUCACGCUGUCGUUGAAGCGAUCGUCGAGCGCCUAGGCGAUGAGUGGAUCGCCUUCCCUGCCAGCGCGCAGGGACUGGCCGCGGUGAAAGAAGGCUUCGUCCACAUGGACCCAAGGUUUGAAGGCUGCAUCGGGGCGGUCGACGGUACGUUCGUCUGCACCCGGGCACCGUACGAAAGGGACGACGGCAACAAGGCUGCUUACUUUUGCCGCAAGGGCUUUUAUGCCCUAAACGUCAUGGUGGCUCUGUGCACGACGCUUUUGUGUGGAGGGCAUCCACCCUUGAGCCAGGAGUUCAACGGUGGCAGCCGUGGACAGGGUGGUGAAUUCCUGCUUGGUGACAGUGCAUACCCGCUGCCACCUUGGCUGCUCACCCCAAUCCCUGGAGCACAUCAAGCGGGAUCCCCUGCUGCCCGGUUCAAUCGCGCCCACUCCUCACUGCGGUGUGUCGUGGAACGGUGCAUUGGAGUCCUGAAGGCCCGCUUCCGGUGCUUGCAGAGGUACAGAGCACUGUACUAUGGCCCCCUCUUCACGUCGCAGAUCAUCGCAGCUUGCGCGGUGCUUCACAACCUUUCUGUUCGGCAACAACUGCCUGAGCCAGAUGACAUCCCUGGCACUGAGGAAGGAGAAGAUCCGGACGUUUACCGCCGAUGA